AUGGGACAACUCACUGAUGGUACAACAGAGCAGGCCCCUAGAAAUUCCGUUGAGAACGAAGUUUCGGAUAAAUUAAACGACAUGGAUUUAAGGCCAGAUUCUCAAGAGCCGAGGUUGCCAGAGUCCAAAGAGGCAGCUCCAAGGUUCAAUUUCGGUGAAAAGAAGAAGAAACGUCCAGUAGAGCAAACAGAAUCGCCUAAAGCGGAGGUGAUUGAUGGAAGCGGCCAGGUGUUUGUUAAGGGCCACGUUUACCCCUACGAAGAGUUGCUUGCGAGAAUUCAGUCUCUUAUCAACGAAAAUAAUCCUGAUUUAAGUGGCAGUAAAAGGUACACAAUUAAGCCACCUCAAGUAGUAAGGGUUGGAUCAAAGAAAGUAGCAUGGAUAAACUUUAGAGACAUCUGUUCAAUAAUGGGAAGAAGUAUGGAUCACGUCCAUCAAUUUGUAUUGGCCGAAUUGGGAACUGAAGGAUCAAUUGCCGGAGAUGGCCAGUUAGUGCUUAAGGGAAAAUACGGCCCAAAGAACAUAGAAAGCCUUUUGAGGAAAUAUAUCACCGAAUACGUUACGUGUUCAAUGUGCAAAAGCCCAAAUACAACCAUGGAACGAGACUGUCGCGCACGUCUAUUUACACAACAUUGUGAAGCUUGUGGAGCCAAUCGUUCAGUCAACCCUAUUAAAAACGGAUUCCACGCCCUUAAUAGGGGUGAAAGAAGAAAAGCUAAAGUUUAA